UACCAUAUGAAGCCUCUGUUAUGAAUCCUUAAAAGAACAGACAUGGAGGUUCUGUCUCUCCCAUCUACCAGCACCAGCAUCACGAUUUCGCUAAACCUCCCAAUCAAGCCUCAGAAAACCUAUCUCCAAACUUCACUCACAACCUUAAAUUUUUGUGCUUCAUAUGCCAAGAAGACUCGUUCAACUUAUUCUUUGUCUUCUUCACCUUUCAAUGCUAAACUAGCAGCGGAAAAAAGCUUAAACUUAUCCGCUUCAACAACAACUACUCCUUUCACUUCUAAUUCUUUUUCUUCCACUGAGACUGACAGGCGCCAUUGGAUGGUGCUUAUGAAGAGUCCGCCUGAGGGGCUUAAGACUAAGCCAGAAAUUGUUAAUUACUAUGUCAAAACUCUUGAGAGAGUCUUAGGCAGUGAAACGGAUGCUCAAAUGUGUAUGUAUGACGCCUCUUGUGAUACCCAUUUCGGGUUUUGUUGUGAUAUCGAUGAAGAAGCUUCUCGUCAGCUCUCUCGUUUGCCGGGUGUCCUGUCUGUUAAGCCUGACCCGGAUUAUAAUUCUGUGGAAAAAGAUUAUAGUUGUUCAAAUAACCAGUUGCCAAACUCACAAUAUGGAAGUAUAUUAUUGUUUCCUGCAAGGAAUACGAAACACUGGCUUGUUCGAAUGGACAAGCCAGGGGUCGGUGUUGUUACAAAGGCACAAAUGGUUGAUUUUUAUGCUCAAAUUCUAACCAAGGUUUUGGGGAAUGAGAACGAUGCACAGAUGUGUAUAUAUCAUGUUUCUUGGCAAUCCAACUUUGGUUUUUGUUGUGAACUUGACGAGGAAUGUGCAAAAGAACUCGCUGGUGUCCCAGGUGUUUUGUCUGUCCAGCCUGAUGAGAAUUUUGGUUCAGAGAAUAAGGAUUAUGGAGGUACCAAUCUGCAGAAUUCUAUAGUUCCAACAGAUUCAGAAGGAAAUCAAGCAAAUCCCAUUGAGACAAAGAAGCUCUUUGUGACUGGCCUGUCGUUUUAUACAUCUGAGAAAACCUUACGUGCAGCAUUUGAAGGUUUUGGCGAGCUUGUUGAAGUUAAAAUAAUAAUGGACAAGAUUUCAAAGAGAUCCAAAGGCUAUGCAUUCGUGGAGUACACUACAGAGGAGGCUGCAAGUGCUGCUCUGAAAGAGAUGAAUGGCAAGAUUAUUAAUGGCUGGAUGAUUGUUGUUGACGUCGCCAAGCCAACGCCCCCAAGAUACCGCCAGAACCGCCCCAGAGUGGCAGGUUGAGAAGAGCGAAAGCCAAACUAAAAUUUAUGCAAGGGUACUACCUUUUUAUUGUGGUUAAACCAUUGCUAGAUUGUUAGUUAAUUCAUGUUAUAGGGUUCUCAUGGCAUUUCCUCCUUUCACCAAUCUGUUACCAUGGAACCGAGUCCUUGUAAUGACUUGGAUAGCAGUGGCAUCUCUGCUUAGUAUAUUUAAUAGCAAAAUCAAUUUGCCCUGAGGAAUGAA